UCAUUAUCAAUACAUAAUAUCAAUAUAUAAAAAAUGUCUCCUCAACUCACCCUUUACACCUUCAAGUUAUCCCUCUGGGCCGCAGCCGCUCGUUUGGCCGUUCAUGAAUUAGAUAUCCCUGACGUCAAGUUUGUUGAAAUCGAUCUUUCCAAGGCCGAAAAUUUCUCUCCCGAGUUCUUGAAGAUUAAUCCUAACCAUACCAUUCCUACUUUGGAGAUUAUCGAAGAUCGUAAGAAGGAAAUUAAGCAGGAUACUACAUCUGUGGUAGAGUAUUUGGAUACUUUGGCUGGUAACCGUUUGAGUAUCCCCGACCAUAAGGAUGCUAUUGAUGCUUUCAUUAAGGAAAUGCAUGAUGAUGCUGAUGUUGGAAACCCUCUCUUCUUUACCUCUGGUAGCCCCGAAGAACUCGAAGCCAAGAAAUCUAUUAUUAUCCCUUUCCUUCAAGGUCGUAUUGAUGGCUGGAAGAAGUAUAUCAGAGAAUCACCUAGUCAUGCUAUUCUUUACACCAAGAACAUUGUUGAAUCCGAGGUUAUGCUCAAGAUUUACGAGACCGGUACUGCUGCCAGCCCCAUGUUUGGCAUGAACAAGAAUCUUUGGGAGACUGGACAAAAGUUCCUUAACAAGGCAGAGUCUCUUUUAAAGGCCCAUGGUUCUUUCCUCUUUGAUCAAUACUCUGUGGCCGAUGUUCAUUUCACUCCUUAUCUUUACAGACUCUUGUUGGUUCGUAAGCCUGAAGAAGUCUUUGAAAAGCGUCCUCUUUUAGAGGCUUAUUAUAAACACCUCCAAGCUCGUCCUAGCUUCGAAAAGACUUUUCAGUAAAGACGCGUAAAAGUUCUUUAUAGAAGCUUUUACACACUUUUGUAUACCUUAAAUAAACAGUUUUUUUUUAAAUA